AUGGCGGGUCCGAACGUAGCUAAUCAACUAGCUGAUCAACUUAUGAAAGCUGCGGAAGUGGUGGAAGAACACAUUGACAGUGAAAUGAAAAAGCUUGAUACUAUGGAUGAGGACGAUCUUGAAGUAAUCCGACGACGUCGUCUGGAGGAGAUGAAGAAAGUACAGAAAGCAAAGCAGGAAAUGCUCGCCAACGGUCACGGUGCCUAUACAGAAGUUGCUGAUGAGAAAGAGUUUUUCGAGGCAACAAAGAAAAGUAAAAAUGUCGUGUGCUUAUUCUACCUCGAUGGCAACUUUACAUGUAAAGUAGUGGAUAAACAUAUGAAAAUCCUAGCUGCCAAACACAUGGGAACACGAUUUAUUCAUGUGAAUGCUGAAAAGGUUCCCUUCCUCGUCAAACGUCUUAAUAUUCGUGUUAUUCCCACAGCCGCUAUUGUGAAAGAUCAGCAAGCUAUUGAUUACAUUCGAUUCGAAGAUCCUAACGUUACCAAUGACUUCAAAACUGAGGUGUUGGAGGCUCGCUUGGCAGGAACCGGGAUAAUAAAGGUUGACAAAAUUAAGACGGAACCACAAAGAAUGAAGAUUAUACGAGGUGCUGGAUCGGCAAAUAAUGAGAAUGAUGAUUGGUAG